AUGGGACGGAACGGCUUUUUUGGCGCCUUCCAAGGCCUCGACGCCUUUGGAAAAACAAUGGAGGAUGUCAGGAUCCGUACGCGUACCGGCGCCUUGUUGACAUUCAUCUCGUUCUCGAUUAUCCUCACAUCGGUGCUCCUGGAGUUCGUCGACUACCGGCGCAUCCGCCUCGAGCCGUCACUCGAGGUGGACAGGUCGCGUGGCGAGAAGCUCGUGAUUGAGAUGGACAUUGAGUUUCCGCGCGUCCCGUGCUACAUGCUGUCGCUGGACGUGAUGGACCUUUCGGGUGAACGGCAACACGAUGUCUCGCACGAGAUGAGCAAGCAGCGCAUUUCUGCGGACGGGACGUAUCUCGAGGAGAAGCGAAUGGGACAGCUCAAGGGUGACGUCGAGCGUGCUGCCCAGAACAAGGACCCCAACUACUGUGGAUCGUGUUACGGCGCGUCACCGCCUGAGAAUGGAUGCUGCAACUCGUGCGAGGAGGUCCGCCAGGCGUACGUUCGCCAGGGUUGGAGCUUUGUCGAACCAGACGGCAUCGAGCAGUGUGUCGAGGAGGGCUGGAGCGAGAAGAUGGAGCAGCAGAACGAGGAGGGAUGCCGCCUCUCGGGGCAGGUGCGCGUCAACAAGGUCAUUGGCAACCUCCACUUCUCGUACGGCAGCACGUUUAUGCGCCGCGGCAUGGACGUUGCCCAGCUGGUGCCGUAUCUCCAGGACCGAAACCACCACGACUUUGGCCACCGUAUCUUCAAGUUCCACUUUGGCGCCGACGUGACGCCUGCGGAGAAGGCACGCAUGGAUCCCAAAGAGAGGACGACGCGCGACAGGCUGCGCAUCAGCGACCCGCUGCAGGGGCGACAGAACCACAGGCACAAUGACAAAUCAAACUUCAUGUACCAGAUCUUCGUCAAGGUCGUGAGCACUACGUUUGUGUACUUGAACGGCGACGAGAUCCCGACAAACCAGUACAGCGUGACCUCGUACGAGCGCGACCUCGCGAUGGGUAACCGGCCCUCGCGUGACGACGACGGUCGUGUCACAAGCCACCACACCCAGGCCAUCCCCGGUGUGUUCAUCAACUACGAGAUCUCGCCGAUGAAGGUCAUCCACACCGAGACGCGCCAGAGCUUUGCGCACUUUGUGACGAGCACGUGCGCGAUCGUCGGCGGAGUGCUGACCGUCGCAUCCCUUCUCGACGCCGCCAUCUUCAAUAGUCGCAAGCGUCUCGGCAAGGAGUACGAGGGUGGACAGUACGGCGGCGUCAGUGGCAAGAUGAUGUAG